AUUUUUGGCUUUUGCCUAUUGUUCUCUGAAAUUACGAGGUAUCUGUACAUGGUGUACACAGCGUGGCUAAUGUUGCUGUUGAGUUUGACUUAUCAUCGGAAGGGUUAAAGCUGUUAAUGCUUGUUCAGAAUUUUCAAAAAUUUUGAUGGAAUAAACAAUAGCCUGAGGACCGGGAAACCUAUGUUUGUAAAUAUUUUGCAAAUACUUUAUAGAUGGAAAUCCAUCAUUGCUAAUAUGUAUGUAAUUUUAAAUAGAAACCUUUACAUAAACAAAUUUUUAAAACUCGACAAUAAUAAUUGUUCGUCAGAUGCGAACAGUAAGUACUUUUGCAGAAAUUGCAUGCUUAUGGCAUAUGCACAGCAUGGGAAAUCAGCUGACUUUUUAUAGUCGACAAUACCAUAUCUCAGUUAUGUCUCCUUCGACUUUUGGAAAAAAAUAGCAUUAAUCUGCAUUUUACUUUGAGUCUGCUCUACUCUACUAAUUUUUUUACUCUUGUUACUGGUACAAGUACCGUAGUCUGGAGUCGUAAAUGGGUGAUUAAUAAUCACUGAAGACCGAGGUACAGCAUACCAAACUUCGUCCUUUUAUUGCCUAUCGGCUAUCAAUUCUCAUCCCGUGCUCAAAGAAUGGCACGUGAAUCCUUUCCAACCUCCUUAUAUCUGUGGACCACGGUGAUACAGAUACUCCGAUUUACUACAAGUGUCUGCUCAAGUUUCAACUCCACAAAUUCCACAAUCUCAACACCCAAGGAUAUAUCGGAAAGUUGGACGCGUUUCGCGCCGUAUCUCACCUGUUCGAACGACAAGACGCAGUUGGAUCUCGACUGUCUGGCCACACUGGUCGAUGAUCCAGAUUUCACCGACCGCCACACGGCCUUUUCCUACAUUCCCACUCCGCUGUACUUAUCGCCUGAUGCGCCGCGGAGUCGGGCAGCGGUUUUGCAUGACUGUCAUGAAAAUCUGACAGCGUACGGGUAUCAUUCGUCGGCCUUCCUCGGCUGUGCUGUGAAUUUCUCCCGACCGAUUCUGCUGUGCGAACGGUGUGUGGAACCGUAUCUGAUCGCGCAGCAGUCCUACAUUCAGUACUCUCAGGAUAUGGAUCAAGAUGGCAAAAGCUGUGAAGACAUGGUCUACGGCAGUGAUAUGAUCGGUGUGGUGCAUCGCACGAAUCAGUCCAUUGAAAGCUUGUGGGGCGAUUCGCGAUGUUCCUAUUGCUUCAACUAUUACUUCAUCAAGCACGGCACGGUUCAAUAUCAGUUUUCCGAAAAUUUGAUCAUCUUCAUGCGUAAACAUCGCAAUCUGACGGAUUGCUUCGCGAAACAUGGAAUUAUUUUGAAUUUUGUUCUGGGAGAUAAAAUGGCCAAUAUAACUAAUUCGUCGCUGGUCUGUCAAGAAUGUUAUCCGCUGUAUAAAGAUCUUUCCGACUUUUACUAUUCCAAUUACACGCGGGAUCUGGCCAGAGUUUGCAUGGAUGUUGUCGAUGUGAUGAAUCAGACACGAAUUAUGUGGGGAAAGUAUUUUCAGUGUGAAAAGGAGCAUCCCGGCAUGUUUCUGGUCUGGGCGGUAACGAUUAUUGUCUUUGCGUCCACCAUUGUUUUCUACAUUGCCAUGUUCUUCAAUUCGUCGUUUGAAGCAUACAUUAUCCGGAGACAGGAUCGUUUGGAAAAUUCUGAAUUCACUUCAUCACAGCGCUUCCGCAGCAACAGCCAAAGUUCCGACAUGUCAUAUGCGCCAUUGUAAGGAUGGUUUGUUUGCGUACAUCAGUUGAUAAACUAUGGUUUUUCGUUAUAAUAUUGUGAUUCCCUGUUAGUCUGUGAUACGUUUCUUAAAAUCCAGUCUUGCCCAUUACGACAUUUUUAUCGGUCAAAUUGUGUUUAUUAUUGCGCUGAUUUAGCCUACUUGGUUGAUCUCUUUGCCAUUGUAAUUCCGUGAAUUAUAAUGCAGAGUAAACUAUAAAUGACGACGAUUUCGAAAUACUUACAUUCUGUAAGUGUGAUUGGUCAGAUUUCAGUCCAUACUUCUGAACCCGGGUGUGUCUUCACGCGAGAUUU